UUUACCUGUAUGUUCCCUGAACACACCACGGCUCAUUGAAGAGAUGGGUCUUUGCUGGACUGAGCUCAGUCUGCUGCUGAAACUGAUGAGUGAGAAUCCUCUGCGAGAUGAGGACUGCACUUCUGCUGUUGGUUGUGGGUCUGUGUACCCUGAACGUCGCACUUUCCCUGAAAAUAUGUGCUUUUAAUGUGAAGAGCUUUGGAGAAGCAAAGGCAAACAACAAGAAGGUGAUGGGGAUCUUACUGAAGAUCCUCUCUCGGUGUGACUUGUGUCUUAUUCAGGAGGUCAGAGACUCUAAAGGUGGAGCCAUUCAAGCUUUGGUGAAGGAUCUGAACAGAUAUGACAAAUCAAACUCAUAUUCUUAUUUGGAGAGUGAAAGACUGGGCAGGAAAACCUACAAGGAGCAGUAUGUCUACAUUUACAGAAACAAUGUUCUGCAGGUCAAAGAGCAUUACCAGUAUCCUAAACUGGAAGGAGAUGGCACCAAUGAGACCGAUGUUUUCUCCAGGGAACCUUUUAUCGUCCGCUUUCACUCCCCUACGACCUUGAUAAAAGACUUUGUUCUGAUUGGUCAACACACCAGCCCUAAAACGGCCAUGAAGGAGAUGGAUGAGCUCUACACUGUCUUCAAGGGAAUUUACAAGAAGUGGAAGACUGAUAAUGUGAUGAUCUUAGGGGACCUCAAUGCUGGCUGCAGCUACGUUACUAUUAAAGGUUGGAGAUCUGUCAGGUUAAGAAGUGAUGACAAAUUUCAUUGGCUGAUUGGAGAUGAACAGGAUACGACUGUGCGUCAGAAGACACACUGCGCUUACGACCGAAUCAUUGUCCAUGGACGUGAGAUUAUUUCCAGUAUUGUACCAGAUUCAGCUCAACCCUUCAACUUUAAGGAGAAUUUCCAUCUCACUGAGGAGGAGGCUCUUGAAGUCAGUGAUCAUUUUCCUGUGGAAGUCGACCUGAAGCCCAACCAUCGCUACCUGCUCCGUCACGAGCUGUAGACCAAUCAGGAUCAUCCGCAAAAAACACUGUGCUUUUAACUAAUUUAAAUGUUUUUAAAUGAAAUAAUAAAUUA